GUACGUACCGACCGCGAGCGGACCGUUACCGAACCCCCUCCAGCUAGCAGCAGCCAGGUCAAUUUUCAGUCUAGACCGAAAACUUCAGUCUCUCUAAUCGUCGGUUGUUCCACUGAGACUACGUCUGGCUCCACUAGACCUCCGUCAACAAAUGUCAGUUUUAUUAAAGAAAUGACCCAAAUCAGACGGUUAUUUUCUGUCUAUUUUCAGUCUAGAUUCUAGCUACAUGCAAGCUGUCUCGUCCCAAUGUGCUGCCUGCAGAGCAGAGGAAGCUCCCGUGUUUAUACUGUGCAGCGCAUGUCUCAUCCAGGGCAGUAGCUCCAGUCCAGGUCAUAAUAGAAAAUGGCAAAUCAUCCCGCAGCAGUUAAGAGGAGAAAAUUGUGUGAAGGUACAGAUGUGUGUAUAACUGCAAGAUCUCGCAGUUACGGGAGUGAUGAUGACAUUGCCAUUGGUCCUGGUAGGUCUAUUGGUUCAAGCCAGAUUAUUACCAGUCAUGAUGAGAUGAGGAUUAUACCAGUUCUUCCUGAUCAUGUCUCAGCUCCAGUUUCCUUAGUUUCUGUUUAUGCUGCAGCCAUUCUCGACAAGAAGAACACAAGCACUCUACUUAGGCAGCUUUCAGAUGUGCAUCCUUUAGACGGCUUUUCACACAUCAAAAGAGUACGGAAGCAGACUUUGAAGAACGGGAGUUAUGAAAAAGCUGAACUGCAGAUCAUUCUUUGUGAAACCAGUAAGGUAACACUGCCCAUCACUGAUGAGGUAUCAGUCUCAAUGAUUCUGAAUGAUGACAUCGACAGAGAUCUCCUAGGGGAACCAUUUCUUGCAUACAUUCCUAGUGCCCCACCUCAGACCAAAGCUCAGUAUGAAGAGGCAUCUCAACACUGGCCUACAGCAUACCAUGAAGACAAGGAGCUCAGCAGGCUAAUAUCUGGAGAGCACUUUUCAGCACUGGACAGGAAAAAUGUUCACACAAACAUCCUAAAAGCUAUAAGAAAAGCUGAGGAAGCCAAAGUGAAUGGAAAGGCAGCUAUUGGUGCAUUGAUUGUAGAUCCAAAAUCUGAUACCACUCUGGGAAUGACAUCAUCCGUUCCAGGCAUAGGGGAAAACUCACUCCAGCAUGCUGUAAUGAAGUGCAUUGACCUUGUGGCUCAUAGUCAAGGGGGUGGAGCUUGGUCCAUUUGUCCAGAGAGCUGCUAUGAGUCCGUAAAUGGUGAAUGCAGUACCGAUGAAACACCAUAUCUGUGCACAGGAUUCGACCUCUAUAUCACACAAGAACCAUGUGUAAUGUGUGCUAUGGCCCUGGUACAUUCUCGUAUACGUCGUGUCUUCUACAUAGACAGUCACCCAGAUGGUGCUUUAGGGAGCAGAUACAAACUUCAUGCAGAAUCGUCUCUUAAUCAUAGAUACCAAGCCUUCAAGGUUGUUGACCUGUGCAGUGCCGAACAACAGCUUGAUCACAGGUAGCUUUGAGAUUAGUUCAGAAGUCUUCAAAUAUUUAAGCAAGUUCAAACUUUCUUGUCCCAUACAUGUAUGUUACCCACCACAUCUGCGAACUUAGUAUAUCCGAUGAUUAUAUCAAGGCUUGAAUCUGCAAAUCUCCUAUAAAAUAAUAUCUUUGUAUAAAUUUAUGUUCACUAUUCCAUAAUACAAUUGAUAUCCCAUCCAUUGGACCUGGCCGUUGACAAUCUUCAUACAGUCAGCUGCAUUUCAGCUCUCUGGAAUUAGAAGUAAGAGGAAGCCCAUUGGGAACCGGUAUGUCCUUUAAAUGAAGUUGGGAGAAUGGCUCAAGAAAAAGGCUGACCUUAACAGCAGCAAGGUGUGGAUUGGAAUAAUGGUCGUCGUCCUCCUCCUUAUCGUUGUCUAGUAAAUACGCUGUUGGACUGUAGAUUAUAUGAUUCAUGUUUCGAGUCCCGCUGCGGCACUUAUGACCUUUAGCAGGAUGUUAAUCGUCAUUUGCCACUACUG